AUGGCACCACAAUUCGAGUUCACCCUGAACAACGGCGUCAAGAUCCCCGGCCUGGGUUUCGGCACAUUCGCCAGCGAGGGCUCAGAGGGCGAGAGCUACAGGGCCACCAAGAAGGCCCUCGAGGUCGGCUACCGGCACCUGGACUGCGCCUGGUUCUACCAGAACGAGGGCGAGGUCGGCCAGGCCAUCCGCGACUUCCUCAAGGAGAACCACGACGUCAAGCGUGAGGACAUCUUCGUCUGCACCAAGGUCUGGAACCACCUGCACAAGCCAGAGGACGUCAAGUGGUCCUUCAACGACUCCCUCAAGAAGCUUGGCCUCGACUACGUCGACCUCUACCUCGUCCACUGGCCCAUCGCCGCGGAGAGGACCGACGACUACCAGCCAAGGCUUGGACCCGACGGAAAGUACAUCAUCAACAAGGAGCUCACAGAGAACCCCGAGCCGACGUGGCGCGCCAUGGAGGAGCUGGCAGAGUCCGGCAAGGCCCGCGCCAUCGGCGUCUCUAACUGGACCAUCAAGGACCUGAAGAAGCUCUUCUCGUUCGCCAAGAUCAAGCCGACCGUCAACCAGAUCGAGAUCCACCCCUUCCUGCCCAACGAGGAGCUCGUCAAGUUCUGCAUCGAGAACAACGUCCUGCCCGAGGCGUACUCACCCCUGGGCUCCCAGGACCAGGUCCCGACCACCGGCGAGAAGGUGCGCACCAACAAGACGCUCAACGAGGUCGCCGACCGCAGCAAGCACACCCUGGCGCAGGUCCUGCUGGCCUGGGGCCUGAGGAGGGGCUACGCCGUGCUGCCCAAGAGCUCGACCCCCCACCGGAUCGAGAGCAACUUCGAGGUGCCCAAGCUGUCGGACGAGGACUUCGAGGCCGUCAACCAAGUGGCCAAGGGCCGCCACACGCGCUUCGUCAACAUGAAGGACACCUUCGGCUACAACGUCUGGCCCGAGGAGUCCGUCGAGAACGGCACCGCCGUUGCCUGA